AUGGACGCAUUGAAAGCGGACCCGGGGUCCGAGGGGCAGAGCGGCGGCGGCAGCGAGGGGGGCAGCGGCAGCGGCGGCGGCGCGGCAGGGGAGGUCGGAUUCAGGCGCUUCCGGAGCUUCGCGCUGGCUCGCGAGGAGGGCCUCAGGGAGGCCUUUGACAUGUUCGACAGGGACCGUGACGGCGUGAUCAGCUACGAGGACCUGGACCUGUCCCUGCAGCACGUGACCAUCUGCUGCCCCAACACGCGCUGCGUGCUGCGGUGCCGGCAGCAGGUGGUUGGGGAGCUGCUGCGGCGGCUGGACACGGACGGGUCGAGGGACGUCAGCUUUGACGAGUUCAGGAACUACUUCUCGCUGCUACCGCAGAAUGACGCCUCCAUGCUUGUGGAGUACUGGCUGGGCGCAUCCUCAUCCGGCAGCUGCGCGGACAUGGGCACGCGCGUGGCCGUGCAGGAGGGCCAGCGGAGGGGCUCCCCCUGGGGCCACCUGUUUGCCGGCGCCGUCUCCGGGGCCGCCAGCCGCACCGCCACCGCGCCGCUGGAGACGCUGCGGCUCGCGGCCAUGGCGGGCGGCGUGCCCGCAGGGGCGCGCAUGGACUUGAUGGCCGCGGAGAUUGUGAGGAGCCACGGGUGGCGCGCCCUGUAUAAGGGCAACGGCAUCAAUGUGAUGCGCUCCGCGCCGCAAAAGGCGCUCGAUUUCUUCAACUUUGACCUCUACAAGGCCCUCCUCUCCCGCGGCAGCGCGGCGGGCGCGACGCUGCAUCAGACCUUUCUGGCCGCCGGCCUGGCGGGCGCCACCAGCUGCCUGCUGCUGUACCCUUUGGAUGUCGCACGCAUGCGGCUAACGCUGGACACGGCGGGCCGCUACCGCGGUCUGGCGCACUGCCUGCGGACGCUGGUUGCGACCGAGGGCAUGUGCGCGCUCUGGCGGGGGCUCGGGCCGAGCCUGGCGGCCAUCUUCCCAGAGGCCGCCAUCACCUACGGCCUCCACGACCUGCUGAAGCGGAACUACAAGCGGCUGCGCCACGAGGAGCCCGGCAUCGGCGCCAGCCUGGCGGCCGGCGUCGCCUCCGCCAGCAUGGGCCAGCCGAACGGAUUCGCUUGGCACUUCUGA